AUGAUGAUGCACAGCCGCAACAACAGCAAGAAGCUCAUGACUGUGUGCAUCGUCAAGCAUGCCUUCGAGAUCAUACACCUGCUCACAGGCGAGAACCCUCUGCAGGUCCUGGUGAACGCCAUCAUCAACAGUGGUCCCCGGGAGGACUCCACACGCAUUGGGUGCACUGGGACUGUGAGACGACAGGCUGUGGACGUGUCCCAACUGCGCCGUGUGAAUCAGGCCAUCUGGCUGCUGUGCACAGGUGCUCGUGAGGCUGCCUUCCGGAACAUUAAGACCAUUGCUGAGUGCCUGGCAGAGGAGCUCAUCAAUGCUGCCAAGGGCUCCUCCAACUCCUAUGCCAUUAAGAAGAAGGACGUGUGGCCUUCUUGGAGUGUGUGGCCAAGUCCAACCGCUGGUUUUCCCAGCUGUUGCCCAAUAAACCUGUCUGCCCUUCAGGGCAGCCCUACCAAAAAAAAAAAAAAAAAAAAAAAAACAACUAAGUUAUUAUAAUGAAUUUAAAAAUGU